AUGAGCCAGUACGAUCCACUUGGCCUGCUUUCGCACUUUCUUAUCCACGGCCGGGUCAUCAUUCAAGACAUUUGGCGAACGAAGGCAGGCUGGGACGACACUGUCAACGAGGAGAUCCUCCAGCGAUGGCAGAGGUGGAUCAAACUGUUCGAGGAAUUGAUGAAGGUCAGCAUCUCCCGAGCCUAUUUUCCGGGUGUAAGAUCGGAAGAAAUUGAGGAUCUGCAAGUUCACGUUUUCGUCGACGCCAGUGAGACCGCAUACGCUUGCGUUGCUUACUUUCGCGCUUGGAUCCACGGCGAGUAUCGCACUGCGCUGGUAGGGGCGAAGCCGAAAGUUUCGCCACUGAAAUCUCUUUCGGUGCCAAGAUUGGAGCUCCAAGCCGCCAUCAUCGGAUGCAGAUUAAUGAAGACCCUUUGCUCCAGCCACAGUUUGCCGAUAAAACGUAGAGUUUUCUGGACCGACUCGAAGACGGUUCUAGCGUGGAUCAAUUCCGAUCAUCGCCGCUAUCGUCAGUUCGUUGCGUGUAGAAUUGGCGAGAUUCUCACAAAAUCAAACACUGAUGAAUGGAUGUGGAUCCCCACAAAACAGAACGUGGCAGACGAAGCUACGAAAUGGGGAAAAGGGCCAUCCCUAGAUCCUGAAAGUCGCUGGUUCGUCGGACCGCAGUUCCUGAGAGGACCUGAAGUGUCUUGGCCACGCCAACCCAUAGCCGAGGAAACUCCAGAAGAGCUGAAGCCUUUGCCGUGCAUGGUACAGAACACCAAGCGACAAGAUGGGCUGAUUAAAUGGUGUCGAGUUUCUAAGUUCGAGAGAGUAUGGCGCGCCAUCGCAUUCAUCUACCGUUUUGUAGAGAAUUUUCGUCUCAAUCAACGAGGACAGCCGUCAAAGAAUGGGCAUCUCACAGCAGACGAACUGAAUCAAGCGCAAAAUGCUCUUUGGCGUCCUGUUCAGCAGCAUUUGCUAACGAACCUCCUUCUAGAUUGGUAUCACCGAACUUAUCUUCACGCGAACAACGAAACGGUGGUGAACGAAGUACGGCAACGCUUCCACGUACCUUCUCUCAGAAUCCAGCUUCGUAAGGUGGCUGGUUCCUGUAUGUACUGCAAGGUGAAGAAGGCGAAACCAUCUGCUCCUCUUAUGGCACCGCUUCCAGAUGCGAGGCUGUGUCCAUUCGUGCGUCCAUUCUCUUACGUCGGACUGGACUACUUCGGACCAUUGCAGGUUAAGGUCGGACGAUCGUUGGUGAAAAGAUGGGUGGCGCUAUUCACGUGCCUCACCAUCCGAGCCGUGCACCUGGAGAUAGUGCACUCAUUGUCGACGAACUCCUGCAAGAUGGCGAUACGACGGUUUCUGGUGCGUCUUGGAUCUCCGUUGGAGAUUUGGAGUGAUAACGGUACAAAUUUUCAAGGAGCCAGCCGAGAACUGAAGAAGCAUUUGGAGCAGAUUGACCAGCAGUUGUCCACAGUGUUUACGAACACCAACACCAAGUCGAUCUUCAAUCCACCGGCUGCACCACAUAUGGGUGGAUCGUGGGAGCGACUGGUUCGGUCAAUUAAAACCGCUUUCGCCGGGCUGUCGACCACGAGGAAUCCAGACGAUGAAACUCUACUCACGCUACUGAUUGAAGCCGAAGGAGUUGUCAACUCGCGACCGCUCACAUUCGUUCCACUGGAGAAUGAGGCACAGGAGGCACUCACUCCCAACCACUUCCUCUUACUCAGUUCCCGAGGCGUAACCCAACCACCCGAGCCUUUGACGGAGCGCCCUGAAGCCAUGAGAAGCAACUGGAAGCUAAUGAAGAGCAUGGUAGAUGAAUUUUGGCACCGUUGGGUAAAGGAGUACCUCCCCACCAUUGCCUGCCGCCCGAAGUGGACGGAUGAGUCCAAGGAGUUGAAGGAGGGAGAUUUGGCGUUAAUCGUGGAUGAGUCCUGUCGAAAUGGUUGGCUGCGAGGACGUGUAGUAUCCGUGAUACACGGGCGUGACGGAAGAGUACGCCAGGCGUUCGUCAAUACUCAGAGGGAGUACUGCGAAGACCUGCUACGAAAAUAG